AUGGCAGAGCGCGAACUUUACGCCUACCGUAAGUCGCGAUUUGUCCGAGACGCUCGUGUUGACCUCUUGCACCUUUGUUUCGACACGACCUUCAGUAGGCAAAUGGACGACGGUGGGAUCAUUCAUCGACUUGGAAAAAUCGUGGAAAUCCAAGGUUUCCUACGACUGAGACAGGAAAACCAUGUGCCAGUCAUAGUCAGUGCGUUUGACUUGGAACAUCGUAUGAGAUUGCGAGACGAAGCAGAAUCGCUUCCUUGGUUGGAAGUGGAUGAAAACUAUCGCCUCCAGGCGGAAGACCAUCAGAGCCUUAUAGAUGUCGCCCACCGGAAGCUGGGACCGGGAAAUCAAUGGUGGGUUAUUGAUAUCUACGUGACAGCUGGUGUGGACCCCGGAACAAAAUCGUGGAAAAUCAAUGGUGGGCAGCUCUCGAAAAUGUUCCACGUGCGAAGAGAGGAAGGCAUCUGGGCGGACAUGAGUAUCGGCGUGUUACAUAAAUUGAAGGCAAUGCGGUGUGACGAGCCGAUUUUAUGUUACUUGCAACUCAUUCGACGGACAUUCCACGAUCUGAUGGGAGGAAGCGACUUACUGCCUCAAGUAGAUGCGAUUACAGUCCGUAUGCUGACGUCGCGUGCACCGAAGUUCUCCGAACAGGAUCUGAAAUUCUUGGACCGUGAAAUAAAAAAAGGCCUCCUGUUUCGAAAGAUCCAAGAUCCGCAGCAGCGUAACGAUAUCUGGGAGCAGCUGAAAGAUAUCGAGUACCCUAUCCCAACUCUUAAAACAUUUUUUUAA